AUGCGUUAUGCCAUCCAGCGCAGACGUACAUCAGAGGUGACAACACAAACAUUAGAAGACCCUGUUGGUCUUGAAAAAUCCGUUGUUGUUCAGAUUUCCACACGAGUGCUUGGAUCAGAAGUGAAGAUUUCAGUUACAGAAUGCACCAUAUGUCUUGAAACUUUUGAAGAUGGGGAGAAUGUUCGGGUGUUGCCACACUGUAGCCAUGAAUUUCAUGUCGGUUGCAUAGACAAGUGGUUUGAGUCACAUUGUUCAUGCCCCAAUUGUCGUAAUUGUUUGCUUGAACAACCGGUUGAUAGUGUUGUUGCCAUAUCACAACCGAUGCUCAACAUCCAUGGUGAACACAUGGUCUAA